UUUUCCAACACAAACUUUUAGCCUUUGAAAAUAACAACACAAAAAAGUUAAUUCUUAAUUUAGCUACAUGAACUUAUGUUUUUAUCCUAAUUCAUAUACCUCCAAUUGAAAUCGAUAAUCCCAGCUGCUAAACCCGAUCAAACCACAAAAUCGCGCUUAACCCAAUCACAAUCACGUUUACCCGUUUAAUCCAAAUAACCCGACAAAUAAGACGACAUCGUUUCUCUUCUUCUUCUUCUUCUUCUUCUUCUUCUUCUUCUUAUUCGACAAAAACAUGAUUUGGGGAUUUAGGGUUUAUCUUUCUAAUAAUCAUGAGCGACUCAUCGAGUUCAUACCGUUCAGCACAUCGAUUUUCCCCUCCAGAAAUUCCGACAAGUUGCAGGUGCUGGUGUGGUCAAGAGACCAUCACAUUCACAUCAAAGACAAAGGAAAACCCAUACCGUAUAUUCUAUAGAUGCUCGAUUGCAUUGAAGAGAUCGAAUGAGGAGCAUUUAUUCAAAUGGGUUGAUGAGGCAUUGGUAGAAGAAAUUCAGAAGGUCAAUGGGAAGCUUAAGAGAAUUGAAAAGGAUCUGAGUGACUUGAGGAUAAAUGUGAUUCAAAAUUUGGAUCUCCAAAAGGAAAUGUUGAAGAAGCUUGAGGAAAAUAUGGUUAAGAAGAUUGAAGAUAAGAUGGCUAGUUCAGCUUUGAAGACAAUUGGUAUUGUUGUUGUAAUAGGAGGUGAACUUGUAUGGCUAUGGGGAAGAAUCUAGUUGUUGUAUCAUGUUUAUGUAGUCUAAGUAAGCUUUGAAGACAAAUGAUGGUUAUGCUUUUGUUUUCAUCAUAAUCUAGUUGUUGUAUCAUGUUGAGACAAUCUAUAUCAGUUUGCUUUUGGUUUGUGAGGAGAAGACAAAUGAUGGUUAUGAUU